AUGAACGCAGCUAAGAAAGCCAACGACAUUGGACCGCGGAGUAGCGUCGAAGUAGGUUGGUGCACCGAGCAACUGGAAGUGUGGAGCGCGGGCGGCGGGGCUGGCGCGGCAGCAUGCGGUAGCGGCGGCAUGGACUUGAAGCACGAGGUGGCAUACCGCGGUCUGCCGAGCCAGGUGAAGGCCGAGCCAGGGGUGAGCCACAACGGCCACCAGGUGAACGGCCACGUCCGCGACUGGAUGGCCGGGGGGGUGGGAGGGGGCUCACCGUCCCCUGGCGCAGCCACGCAGCCCCCGAACAACGGCUACUCCUCCCCGCUGUCAUCAAGCAGUUACGGUCCGUAUAGUCCCAACGGAAAAAUAGGACGAGAGGAAUUGUCACCGGCUUCUAGCGUUAAUGGCUGCAGUACAGAUGGAGAGUCAAGGAGGCAAAAGAAGGGACCGGCACCUCGUCAACAGGAAGAGCUGUGCCUCGUGUGCGGCGACAGAGCCUCCGGAUAUCAUUACAAUGCGCUUACGUGUGAAGGAUGUAAAGGUUUCUUCAGGCGGAGUGUGACAAAGAAUGCGGUAUACAUAUGCAAGUUUGGACAUGCGUGCGAAAUGGACAUGUAUAUGCGGCGGAAAUGCCAAGAGUGCCGGUUGAAGAAAUGUUUAGCGGUGGGCAUGCGGCCGGAAUGCGUGGUGCCAGAAACCACGUGUGCGAUAAAAAGGAAAGAAAAGAAAGCGCAGAGGGAAAAGGACAAACUGCCAGUCAGCACAACGACAGUCGACGAUCACAUGCCACCCAUAAUGCAGUGUGAUCCACCGCCUCCAGAAGCUGCAAGGAUUCACGAAGUGGUGCCGCGGUUCCUCUCCGAGAAGCUGAUGGAGCAGAAUCGGCUAAAAAACAUCCCCCCUCUGACGGCCAACCAGCAGUUCCUGAUCGCGAGGCUGGUGUGGUACCAAGAUGGAUACGAGCAGCCUUCUGAGGAGGACCUGAAAAGGGUGACACAGACUUGGCAGUCGAAUGAAGACGAGGAAGAAGAAACAGACCUGCCAUUCAGACAGAUCACAGAGAUGACGAUUCUAACAGUGCAACUUAUCGUCGAAUUCGCAAAAGGCCUACCCGGCUUUUCCAAGAUCUCACAACCCGACCAGAUCACAUUAUUAAAGGCUUGCUCGAGCGAAGUAAUGAUGCUCCGAGUAGCGCGGCGAUACGACGCAGCCUCCGACAGCGUACUAUUCGCCAAUAACCAAGCGUACACCCGCGACAACUACCGUAAAGCGGGAAUGGCGUACGUCAUCGAAGACCUUCUGCACUUCUGCCGAUGCAUGUACUCCUUGUCAAUGGAUAAUGUUCACUACGCGCUGCUCACAGCCGUCGUUAUAUUCUCAGACCGGCCAGGACUGGAACAGCCGCAGCUCGUCGAGGAAAUACAGAGAUACUACCUGAACACACUCAGAGUGUACAUAAUGAAUCAGCACAGCGCGUCGCCACGCUGCGCCGUACUAUACGCCAAAAUACUUUCAGUGCUCACAGAGCUUCGCACACUGGGCAUGCAGAACUCCAACAUGUGUAUCUCGCUCAAACUGAAGAAUAGGAAGUUGCCGCCGUUCCUUGAAGAGAUAUGGGACGUGGCUGAUGUGUCGGCGGCGCAAGCGCCCGCCAUUAUGGACGUGGCGACCAACCUCUAGCCCCCGCGCCCCCCCCAAGAGGAGAGAACGCUCAUAGACUGGCUAGUUUUAGUGAAGUGCUAGACGCAAUACGUCGGACGUGAAACGUUUACACUUAAGGACUGUGCGUGCGAAGCUCGCGGACUAUAGACUAUAAAAUAAGUGCACGCGAACGGAGGGCUCUAAAGCGGCCCGCGACGCGCGUAUUCGGUGACCGACGGCGAAUGCGAGAUUAGUGAAUAUAAUAAAUGUACGUUGUUGAAAGUUCCGAGAUAUAUUAGUGUUGAUCGUUUACAUGGCGGCCGCGGUCGCGCGAAACGACCACGCCUCGUUUCGCCCGACGCGACGGCGCGCGUUUAUUUCAUACGACUGGAUUACUACUGAGGUUGGUCACUCGGAUACGGCUGUAUGAUAAGACUAAGUUCUAUUAAGUACACCUCCUAAAUUACAAAUACAAUACGUACAUAAACUACGAGAGUUAUAGAGAAGAGAAAAAAAUUAAUAUAUGAGAUGUUUCUAUUGGGUGUAAAGUUUAAUGUUUAUUUACCGAAAUUAACUGUGUGUUGAUUGAACCUUUUCGAUUGAUAUAUGACUUGGGGAUAGUUCGGCGGUUGCACGCCGUGGUCAGUGAUCAGUGGUCAUUAGUCAAUGAUCAGUAGCCGUUGAUUAGUGAUCAUUGGUUGUUGGUCAGUAAUAAUUGGCUAUUGGUCAGUGA